AGCCUUGUCACCUUUGCUCAGUGCUCCAUAUGAGUCACGCAGGGACAGACACGGCAAAGAAAACGACAAGUUGGCAAUGAGAUGGCGAGGAAGCUCAGUGUUUUGGAAGUCCUCCUGAUCAUUUUUAAUGUGAUUGUACUGGCAGUAGAUAUACUUUUGCUGCUUCUCUUGCUGGAGAGCCCACCAGGUUCAUUUACUCCUGAAUGUCCAGACAUCUCUGAGUCAGAAAGGAUAGACUGUGCACCUGGCCAGGUGGUGACAGAGGAUGCCUGUCGAUGGCAGCGUAAAUGCUGCUGGAAGCCAGUGGCAGAUCCCAAAGUCCCUGCAUGCUUCUUCCCUAGGAACUGGGGUUAUGAAGUCACCAGUGUCCCUACAAAUACAAGCACAGGGUUAACUGCCCAGUUGAAGAAAUUGUCAUCCCCAUCUCUUUUUGGAAAUGAUAUUGUUGAUGCCUUAUUGACAGCUGAAUACCAAACAUCCAGUCGUUUCCAUUUUAAGAUCACUGAUUUCAAUGAGAUACGAUAUGAAGUCCCUUAUGAAAACAUCAACCUUGUGAAUGGGACUGCUGAGAAUUCCAGUUUGAGCUAUGACAUAGAAGUCAUCAAGAAGCCAUUCAGCAUCCGAGUACUACGGAAGAGCAACCGAAGAGUCUUGCUGGAUACUGGCAUUGGGCCUCUCCAAUUCGACCAGCAGUACCUGCAGCUCUCUUUCCGACUGCCCAGCUCUAAUGUGUAUGGACUUGGGGAACACGUGCAUCAGCAAUACCUCCAUAACAUGAGCUGGAACACCUGGCCCAUCUUUACCAGAGACACCACUCCCAGGCAGGGCAUGAUUAAUCUUUAUGGAGCACACACAUUCUUCUUGUGCCUGGAAGAUGCCAGUGGAGCUUCUUUUGGAGUAUUUCUGAUGAACAGCAAUGCCAUGGAGGCCACACUUCAGCCUGCUCCUGCCAUUACUUACCGCACAACUGGGGGAAUUCUUGACUUUUACAUCUUCUUGGGAAACACGCCAGAGCAAGUCGUUCAGGAGUACCUGGAGGUUGUUGGUCGACCAUUCUUGCCUUCUUAUUGGAGCCUUGGUUUUCAGCUCAGCCGCAGGGAUUAUGGUGGCAUUGAUGGGCUGAGACAGGUUGUACAGCGAACCCGUGAUGCUGAGAUCCCAUAUGAUGUGCAAUACUCGGACAUAGACUACAUGAAUGGAAGUAGAGAUUUCACUAUUGAUGAACAGGCUUACCCCCAGCUCUCGGAUUUUGCAAAGGACCUACAUGAUAAUGGACAGAAAUAUGUAAUUAUUCUGAAUCCUGGCAUCAUCAGUAAUACUAAUGACGAGGUCUACUUCAAUGGAAGCAAGAACAGAAUCUGGAUCAUGAGCUCCAGAGGCUUUGCUAUUGGGAAGGGUUAUGCAGGAGAGUCAGUCUUUCCCGACUUUACCAACCCAGCCUCUCUUCCAUGGUGGACCCAGCAGGUCACUGAAUUUUACAACCGUCUGGAGUUUGAUGGUGUGUGGAUUGAAAUGGAUGAACUAGCCACGCUUCCCCCAGAUCCUGAGUGCGAGUUAAAUAACUUGAACCACCCUCCCUUCACUCCCAGCGUCCUGGAUGGCUCUCUGUUGGUAGGAACCCUCUGCAUGGACACAGAAUUUUACUCAGGCCUUCACUACGAUGUCCAUAGCCUAUAUGGCUACACCAUGGCAAAAGCCACAAACUUGGCCCUGGAUGCUGUCUUCUCUUCCAAGAGGAACUUCAUUUUAUCACGUUCUACUUCUGCUGGGUCUGGCAAGUUUGCUGGUCAUUGGCUGGGAAACAAUGCAGCCAGCUGGGAUGAUCUCAGAUGGUCUAUCCCCAGUAUCCUUGAGUUUAAUCUAUUUGGCAUCCCCCUGGUAGGAGCCAACAUCUGUGGCUAUGAAAACAAUGUCACAGAAGAACUUUGCACAAGGUGGAUGCAACUUGGAGCAUUUUACCCACUAUCCAGGAAUCACAAUGGUCCUGAGUACAGAGACCAGGACCCUGCUGCCUUUGGCCCUAACUCUCUGCUAUUGCAAUCAUCGAGACAUUAUUUGAACAUCCGCUACACCUUACUGCCUUAUCUCUACACUCUCUUCUACCGAGCUCAUACUCUGGGAGAGACCGUAGCAAGACCCCUGGUACAUGAAUUCUAUCAGGACCCAGCCACAUGGGCUGUGCAUGAGCAGUUCUUAUGGGGGCCCGGACUUCUCAUCACACCUGUGUUGUAUGAAGGCAAGGAAGAAGCGAAAGCCUACAUCCCAGAUGCCAUCUGGUAUGACUAUGAGACGGGACUGGCUGUCCAAUGGAGAAAACAAUUUAUAGACAUGCCACUACCACGUGACAGGAUAGGACUUCACCUUAGAGGUGGCUACAUAUUUCCCAUUCAAGAACCAAACAUAACCACAGAGGCCAGCCGGAAGAAUCCCUUGGGACUCAUCGUUGCCUUGGAUCAUAAGCGAGAAGCAAAGGGCCAACUGUACUGGGAUGAUGGUGUGUCUAAAGGCACAGUGUCUGAAAAGAAGUACCUUCUCUAUGAUUUUUCUGUUACAUCUAAUCAUUUACAGGCAAAAAUUAUAAAUGAUAACUAUGUGGAUCCCAAUAACAUCAUGUUCACAGACAUCAGAAUCUUAGGGAUGGACAAAGAACCAACUGAUUGUAAUGUUUCAUUUAAUGGCAAUACGAUCCCUAUUUCAACCUGCAACUACAAUGCUUCCGCAAAGGUGUUGAUCAUUAGUAACCUCACGGGACUGAAACUGGGACAGGAAUUCUCCAUUGAGUGGAAGCUUGUAGUCAAUGACCUGGAGAAAUUUAACUGCUUCCCUGAGGAUCCUGCCGUAUCAGAGGAAAGGUGCAAGCAGCGAGGGUGCCUCUGGGAGCAAACAACUGCUCCUGGAGUGCCUACCUGUUUCUAUGACACCAUUCCCCAGUAUGCUGCCAGUAAUAUUCAGUACCAGCCCACAGGCAUUACUAUGGACCUGACCCUCCUGGAAAGCUCAACAUCUGCCCGGGCAGCAGCAGCUCCAAGAGUUGUCUCUGAUCCUCUUUCUGGAAAGAUCAACUCUCUUAGACUGAGUGUGACUUACCAUACAGAAAAUAUGCUGCAGGUCAAGAUUUACAGUACCAGUAACAAAAGGUAUGAGGUCCCAGUACCUCUGAACAUUCCUUCUACACCACUGGGCUCCUCUGAGAACUGCCUGUAUGAUGUAAGUGUUAAGACCAACCCAUUUGGACUCCAAAUUCAACGUAAAAGCUCCGGUACUGUGAUUUGGGAUACUCAGCUCCCUGGCUUCACCUUCAGUGAGAUGUUCCUUUCCAUUUCAACUCGUCUUCCCUCUCAUUACAUCUAUGGCUUUGGGGAAACAGAUCAUACAUCUUUGAGAAGAAAUAUGAGUUGGAACACAUGGGGAAUGUUUGCUCGGGAUGAGCCACCAUUGUACAAGAAAAAUUCCUAUGGUGUUCACCCUUAUUAUAUGGCAUUGGAAGAUAAUAGUAAUGCUCAUGGAGUGCUCCUGUUGAACAGCAAUGCCAUGGAUGUAACACUCCAGCCCACCCCUGCCCUGACAUACCGUACCAUAGGAGGGAUUCUGGACUUCUAUAUGGUUUUGGGGCCAACACCUGAACUUGUAACUCAGCAGUACACCCAGUUGAUUGGUCGGCCAGCCAUGCCUCCAUACUGGGCCUUAGGUUUCCAGCUGAGUCGCUAUGGAUACCAGAGUGAUGCUGAAAUUGGCAAUUUGUAUUCUGCAAUGGUUGCAGCAGGAAUUCCUUAUGAUGUGCAGCAUGUAGACAUUGAUUACAUGGACCGGAAGUUGGACUUCACCCUCAGCCCCAACUUUCAAAAUCUCAGUGUCCUGAUUAAUCAAAUGAAGACAAAUGGCAUGAGAUUUAUUCUCGUUCUGGAUCCAGCUAUUUCUGGCAAUGAGACACACUAUCUCCCAUUCACUCGAGGACAGGAAAACAAUGUGUUCAUCAAAUGGCCUGAUUCCAAUGACAUCGUCUGGGGCAAGGUGUGGCCAGAGUUGCCCAAUGUAAAUGUGGAUGGAUCCCUUGACCUUGAGACUCAACUUAAGCUAUACAGGGCCUAUGUUGCUUUUCCUGACUUUCUGCGUAACAGCACAGCCUCAUGGUGGAAGAAGGAGAUAGAAGAGCUCUAUUCAAAUCCUCAGGAGCCACAGAAGAGUUUGAAGUUUGAUGGGCUGCGGAUUGAUAUGAAUGAGCCUUCAAACUUUGUGGAUGGAGCUGUUGGGGGCUGCCGCAGUGAGAUUCUCAAUAAUCCACCCUACAUGCCUGAUUUGGAAGCCAGGAAUGUGGGCUUGAGCAGCAAGACUUUAUGCAUGGAAAGCGAGCAGAUCCUUCCAGAUGGCUCCCGGGUGCAGCACUAUGAUGUGCACAGCCUAUAUGGGUGGUCUCAGACCAGACCCACCUACGAAGCUGUGCAGGAGGUGACAGGAGAGAGAGGGAUCGUCAUCACCCGCUCCACAUUCCCCUCUUCUGGACGCUGGGGAGGACACUGGCUGGGAGACAACACAGCUGCCUGGGACCAGCUGCGGAAAUCCAUUAUUGGUAUGAUGGAGUUCAGUCUGUUUGGAAUACCUUAUACAGGAGCAGAUAUUUGUGGGUUCUUUGGAGAUGCUGAGUAUGAGAUGUGUAUCCGCUGGAUGCAACUGGGAGCCUUUUAUCCAUUUUCCAGGAACCACAACACAGCUGGAACUAGGAGACAAGACCCUGUGGCCUGGAAUUCAACUUUUGAAGAGUACGCAAGAAACGUGUUGCGUAUCAGAUACGCCCUGCUGCCAUAUCUGUAUACUCUGAUGCACAAAGCUCACACAGAGGGCAGCACUGUCAUCCGACCACUUCUCUAUGAGUUCACAGACGACAAUACAACAUGGGAUAUAGACCACCAGUUCAUGCUGGGCCCAGCCAUCCUGAUCAGCCCUGUUCUGGAAAGUGAUACAUUUGAGAUCCGUGCUUAUUUCCCUAGAGCCCGUUGGUAUAAACUUCUUACGGGAUCUGGCAACAAUUCAGCAGGUGAGUGGAAAACACUUCAGGCUCCUCUGGACCACAUCAAUCUUCACAUCAGAGGAGGCUACAUCCUGCCUUGGCAACUGCCUGGAAUGAACACUUACUACAGUCGGCGAAAUUUUAUGGGAUUGACUGUUGCUUUGGAUAAUGAUGGGAAGGCCGAAGGUCAGUUGUUUUGGGAUGAUGGACAAAGCAUCGAUACAUAUGAAAAAGGAAACUAUUUCUUGGCUACCUUUAUAGCAGAAAUGAACACCUUGAAAAUCCAGAUUCUGCAUAAUCAGUAUCUGAGUGACACAAAUCCACUGAAAAUUGGAUUCAUUAGAAUCUUGGGUUUAAAUUAUACUUAUGUGGUACAAGUUAUUUGUACAUACAACAACCAGGAAUUCAUCGAGAAUAAUUUCUAUAGUGAUCCCUACAAUCAGGAACUAUUAAUUCAAUUGGAUGCAAGGAAUAUGACCCUAGAAGAACUGACUAAAGUUAUUUGGGUUUAUGGACAUCCUACACUUCCCACACCAAAUGCAACCAGUGCAUUUCCCACAAGCUCUUCCCCACCUGGAUUUAGCACUGAAACUGUGACCAGUCCUGCUCUCACAACCACAUCUGAAGUAACAACUACUUUCAUAACCGUGCUUCCUAAUACAACUACAUCUCUCCCUACACAGCCUCCUUCCACUAACACUAGUGAUGUGAUGCCUGUCACAACUACAUCUACUGAGACAAGUCCUGUUGCCAAUACAACUAGCACCACAUUUCCGGGCAUAACUACACAUUUCCCUACAACUUCUUAUACUAACACUAGUGAUAUAUAUCCUGAAACAAUUUCAACCCCUGAUACAAGUCCUGUUGUCAGUACAACUAAUACCACAUUUCCUGACAUAACUACACCUUUCCCUACAACUUCUUCUCAUACUAACACUAGUGAUGUAUUUCCUGAAACAACUACAUCCCCUGAGACAAGUCCUGUUGUCAAUACAACUAGUACUAUAUUUCCUGGCAUAACUACACCUUCCCCUACAAGUACUACUACUGCUAACACUAGUGAUGUGAUUCCUGUCACAACUGGAACUCCUCAAACAAGUACUAUUGACAACACAACUAGCACCACAUUUUCUAGCACAAGUACACCUUUCCCUACAACUUCUUCUCAUGCUAACACUAGUGAUGUAUUUCCUGAAACAACUACAUCCCCUGAGACAAGUCCUGUUGUCAGUACAACUAGUACUAUAUUUCCUGGCAUAACUACACCUUCCCCUACCAGUCCUACUACUGCUAACACUAGUGAUGUGAUUCCUGUCACAACUGGAACUCCUCAAACAAGUACUGUUGACAACACAACUAGCACCACAUUUUCUGGCACAACUACACCUUUCCCUACAACUUCUUCUCAUACUAACACUAGUGCUGUAUUUCCUGAAACAACUACAACCCCUGAGACAAGUCCUGUUGUCAAUACAACUAAUACCACAUUUCCUAGCACAACUACACCUUUCCCUAUAACUUCUUCUCAUGCUAACACUAGUGAUGUAUUUCCUGAAACAACUACAACCCCUGAGACAAGUCCUGUUGUCAAUACAACUAAUACCACAUUUCCUAGCACAACUACACCUUUCCCUAUAACUUCUUCUCAUGUUAACACUAGUGAUGUAUUUCCUGAAACAACUACCACCCCUGAGACAAGUCCUGUUAUCAAUAUAACUAAUACCACAUUUCCUGGCAUAACUACACUUUUCCCUACAAGUCCUACUACUGCUAACACUAGUGAUGUGAUUCCUGUCACAACCACAACUCCUCAAACAAGUACUGUUGACAAUACAACUAGCACCACAUUUUUUGACACAACUAGACCUUUCCCUAUAACUUCUUCUCAUGCUAACACUAGUGCUGUAUUUCCUGAAACAACUACAACCCCUGAGACAAGUCCUGUUGUCAAUACAACUAAUACCACAUUUCCUAGCACAACUACACCUUUCCCUAUAACUUCUUCUCAUACUAACACUAGUGAUGUAUUUCCUGAAACAACUAUAACCCCUGAGACAAGUCCUGUUGUCAAUACAACUAAUACCACAUUUCCUAGCACAACUACACCUUUCCCUAUAACUUCUUCUCAUACUAACACUAGUGAUGUAUUUCCUGAAACAACUACAUCCCCUGAGACAAGUCCUGUUGUCAAUAUAACUAAUACCACAUUUCCUGGCAUAACUACACUUUUCCCUACAAGUCCUACUACUGCUAACACUAGUGAUGUGAUUCCUGUCACAACCACAACUCCUCAAACAAGUACUGUUGACAAUACAACUAGCACCACAUUUUUUGACACAACUACACCUUUCCCUAUAACUUCUUCUCAUGCUAACACUAGUGCUGUAUUUCCUGAAACAACUAUAACCCCUGAGACAAGUCCUGUUGUCAAUACAACUAAUACCACAUUUCAUAGCACAACUACACCUUUCCCUAUAACUUCUUCUCAUACUAACACUAGUGAUGUAUUUCCUGAAACAACUACAACCCCUGAGACAAGUCCUGUUGUCAAUACAACUAAUACCACAUUUCCUAGCACAACUUACACCUUUCCUAUAACUUCUCUCUCAUGCUAA